AACAACAGCUGGAAGCUGCUCACUAAAGAUGGCCGCCGCGACCAUAGCGGGGCUCGACGCCCACAGGAUGGAGGAAAAGAAGUUCGAGUACUUCUCCUCCAUCAACUCCAUGGCGAAGAAAAUAAUGCAGGAGAGGGAGAAAAUCAAAGCCAAGCACGGCCCGUCCUGGGAGAAAAUGACGCCGCAGGAGCAGGACAGCGCGAUCGACAACGAGAUGAUGGAUCCACAUAUCCGAGCCCGGUACGCCAUGCACAGAGUGGAGCGAGAAGAAGUGCUCUGUUACCCCAAACUGCUCAUUCAGACGGGCCAGAAGAUAGUUCACUUCGGCGAGGAGGAUAUUACCUGGCAAGAUGAGCAUUCUGCGCCCUUCUCCUGGGAAACAAAGAGCCAGUUGGACUUCAGCUUGUCGUCAGGCCCUGCAGAUCAGGGGAUCUCAGCCUCACAGGCAGACUCAAAGGCUGCAAAGGUUCCUCAUUCCAACCAGCUUGGCAAGAGUACAGCAGGAACAAAGGUGUCUGUCAGCGAGGGACGGAAGCCAGAAGAAGAGUCGUCCUUCUGGAAAAUCAGCGCCGAGAGGUCCAGGCUGGAGGGAGAGCAAGCCGACUUCCAGUCCCUAACCCCCAGCCAAAUCAAAUCCCUCGAGAAAGGAGAGAAACCCCUCCCCUCGUACCUCCGACAGGAGACUUCUGUCCCCUCCAAAGAGCCUGAGGCAGCAGAGCCCCACCCUCCAGCUCCAGCUCCAGCUCCUACCAGGCCCACCAAGCACCGAGCACCCAAGCCUCCCGCUCCCCACCCCCCCAUCCCCGUCGCUGUCAGUGCAACACCAGCGUCCAUCUCCAUCUCGCCCAACCCGCCACCACCUGUCAGCGUGUCGUCGUCAGUAGCAGGAUGGGAGCGAUCUCAGAGCACCCUGCCGUCCGUCAGCAACACCCCGGAUGAAGUGUUCUCCUCCAGCAUGAUGUCCAAGCCCUCCCACCACCCGGCCACUGUGGAGAAAGUGGAAGAGGACUCGUCUGGCAGCCCUACCUUUGCCCAGUUCAACACAAGCAGCAACAUCCUGAAGACUGGAUUCGACUUCUUAGACAACUGGUAAACCACAGCCGAGCCCAGUCACCGCUACGAAUGAAUCAUCCUCAUCAUCACUCUGAAGAAGGACCCCACUGCCAUGACUACAGACAUCCACGUCUAGAUUUAACAGACACCAGUCUCCACAUUAGAUAGUUGUAAUUAUCUUCAGUGGCUUGUUAAGACAUUAUUUUACUGCCUGUGUGCUGGUGUUCCCUCUCCCUCUCCAAGUAGGUUUGAACCUCUUAGAUUUCUUGCAGAACACCACCUCCCCUGCCCCGACUGUGCAUUCACACUGCCAUCAGCCUGGUUGAAAGACGGCACAAGAGUUUGGAACUGCAUCAAAAUAUAAUAUCGCAAAAUUUCUUAAGCGCUAGCUACGGCUGCAACUGCUCCCCGAGGAUAGUUUUGUCAUCUUUGUACCCUGAAGUCUUUUGUAUAAAAUUUUAAAAAAGAAAUAGGAAGGCUGGGGGAUAAAGUAAGUACGUUUUUAUCAGCCAAGACUAAUACAAAGAUGCUUUUUCAAAUACACGUUUGCUAACUGGUCUACAUUAGAGGUCUUCACAGGUCCAGAAAUGUAUCCGCCAUUCAAAAAAGACCCAGAAAUUCACUAUCCGGACCCGUCUAUUGAUUCAAAGCUGGGCCCUGGUGUUCUGUCCAUAUCUGCUCUUUAUCAAGAUAUGCUACUUAGUGGUUCUGCAAAUGCAAAUGAGCAUUAUUUGAUAGGGAUUAUGUUUUUUUUUUAAAUGUGCUACCACUCAAUUCUUGAUUUAAGAUAUUAAAAUAGAGUACCAAAAUAUCUCAUUUCUAAUCAGAAAACACACAUAAAGAUGUCAUAAUACUGACGGAAAUACAGAACUGCAAAUUAAAACACAAGCCUGCCUUUUACAAGGUACAAGGUAGUAUCACUUGCCCAUGCAGAACCUAGAAAUGUGUCAUCCUAACCCUGACAAAGACCUGACUGCACCAAUUUCACAGCUAACUUGAUGUUAAAGUUGACUUACAAGUUGUCAAAACAAAACUUUGGUCGCCUUCUCUCCUGUGCCUGGCUUUGACACAUUAUCAUUUAUCGUCCUCGCCAAGAAAGUUGGUCAAAUACAUCAAGUUUUGCUGACUGAAACAGCAUCUCUGAUCCUGAUGACUAUUUCCCAGUUGCAUUUGCAUUCACGGUGACUGAUGGCAAACUCAUUGUUCAGAAUCAGCAUUGCAGUUUUGUUACAUCUAGCACAAUAGAGACCGCUCUCUGUCCUGUCACCUCCCGAACAGGGGAACUCACUUGCACAGAUCAUUGAAACUGCACUUUGCAGUUUCCUUGUAGUUGCUGUUACACUACACAGGCACACAGCACCUGCAUCAUGAUCAGUGCUGCUGCUGGGUCUUUUCAGGUCCGCUCAGGUAUUACACAUAAUGUUAAACAGACCUGAGAAUGGCUGUAAUAGAACAGGAACUGAUUAUUACCUUAUUCACCUGUUAAACUGUGGAUCAAAAUCAUAGACUGUAUAGAUCCAAACCCAUAGGGGUCUUAGGGUUUGUGUGGACUUGUGAGGACCUAAUGGACCCCAGAGUUACUAGACUUACACCUGAUAACUCUGGUAACCUGUUGAUCACGAUGCUUUUAGUGUGAAUGCACAGUCACGGUGUCACUUGGCUGCCUUCACAUGUACGAUUUAGUCACUAAUGCAACAAGCAAGGAUAUUUUUUUUGGGUACCGUAAGCAUGUCCGUUUUUUAUGUUCACAAAACACUAGAAAAUUCAUCUAUCUUUUUAUGUUUUUUGUUUAUUUGGUUAUGAAGAUUUCGCUCUCCAAUGUGCUUUUAUUUAUACAUACCUAUAUAUUCCUAUAAGAGUUUUAGAGUUAAAGUAGUGCUCAGUACUGCAGUCCUGGCCCACAUUGCUACACAUAAUGUUCCUACUGGUUGUGGAAUUCCUGGAAUAUCAUGGAAUUUUUACCAUUGCAUCACUUGACAGAAAAAUAGCAGAAUGUAUUUUCCAACUUUCACACACUCAUUGAAUUAGAUGGUGGUUUUUAGCAAGUGGAAACCAAACUGAAACAACUAUGGAAGUGCUAAAAAAAACGGAUUCAUGGAAAACUUGUGGGCUGAAUGUCCGGGUUGCCGUGGGAACCUGUUACAGUAUGGAUUUAGCAUACCGCCAACACUUCCUUGCCACCUCAACCCUCCCAACUGUCACCUUUGACCUCUUAACUAGUGCUGAGCAAAGGUAGUGUGCAUUUAUAAUGAAGAUAAGACGCACUCAAAUGUGUUUUAGAUAAACAGGCAGUAGUGAAUUUGUACCACUUGUGUCAUAGAUCUAAAAUCCAGUUUACAUGACUAGAGUACUAUUUUACUGAAUUUUAUAUUUAUCUGCUGAUUGUAUCUUAUGCUAUACAUGUAUAUUGCACUCAUGCAUUUUGAGGUCACGGAUUGGAAGGAAGUGAAUAAAUAAAAGUCAAACCUG